GAUAUACUUGAUGAGAUGGGUAUGCUGGCGACGUUUACCCAUGCAUGCAGUUGCACGACACUUUGAAUACGCGACAGUUGCUUCCACAGCCCGGAGAGCCAGUCCUUGCAUGUGUUCCUAAAGAUUGCUUUGCUUUAUACUAUAAGACGUCAUGACUUUGCCAAAAUCCCCCAAAUGCACUCCUGACAGCUGACCUUCUGAUUACCGGUGUACUCGCCUACCGUUGAAAUGGACGAAGGCUCAGGCACACCAGCUUUAGGUGCUACAGGCGCAAGGGCUCCGCGGCCUUUUUUGCGGCGUGGCGAGGGCGUGGAGAAGCGCGUCUUCGCUUCGCGGUACCGGAAGCCUGCUUCAUCGGGCACCUCGGGAGGAGGUCGUGGCAGUAGCGUUGGUGAUUCGGGAGCAGAUGCUGCUGAAGAUGUCGUCAGCCGUCGCGGCGACCAACAUGGUCGCCGCGGCAUGUCGGUAGAGGCUUCCGCCUCAAACCAACAGCCAUGGCAGGACAAACCCCAGGAGCUGGCGUCUGAUACCCAAUUGCUAAGCGUGGGACAGCCCCAAGACCAACGAUUUGGCGGUAGCCACACCAGCAGCCGUUUCCUUCGCAAUUCCAUCAACGCUGCAUGGGACACGAAGCAGGCCGAGGAGGAAUUGGAGCUGGAGGAGUUUCGGGCGCUGGAGACCCAGAUCAAAGCAGACGUCGUGGGAAGCGGCCGGCAGCGCCCGGAGCAAGCAGCCCAGGCCCAGUCCGCGAGCGCCACGCUGCCGCCUUCCGGUCCCAACGGAGGCCGCUCCUACGCCAACAUCCAUCAGGGCCGCCCGCCGCAACCUCCUCGUGCCGCCGGCCGCAGCAGCAGCGACCGCCCAUCCGCAUCUGCAACCCCGCUGCAGCGACCAGCAGCGGCCGGGAUGGGUUGGUCUCCCAGCCAAUCCCAGCAGCAGCAACAGCAGCAGCAGUACGGCGACGCCUUUGGCUUUGAUGGGGCUGACGAAGGGCUUACGGGGGGCUUCGAUGAUGCAGAUGAACCAGAACUGGGCCUGGACGACGCGUGGAUCCGUCAACAUUCCUUUUUCGGCAAAACGCCGGCAAGCGGAGCAGCUCAAGAUGGGGGUGGAAACGCUGGCUCGAGAGGCAGUGCCAGUGGUGGUGGUGGUGGUGGUGGUAGCGGAGGUGGAGGAUUUGGGUCAGUGUCAGCUGAAGCGGCGGCUUGGGGCCCUGACAGCUGCAGGCCAGCUGCAACAGCUUCAGGAAGGGACAGCAGCGGGACCCAUGGGUCGCUCCGGGGUACGGCCUCCAAACCAGCGGCAGCGGCAUUUGAUGAUGGGGAUGCCUGGAACGACACAAGCAGCUUUUACGGAGGCGCAAGUGCGGGUAGACGCAAGGGAGCGGGCCCGGCCGUUGGCGGCGGUACGGUGGGCAAGCCUCGCGGCGGUGACACCUUUGCUCCUGCAGCAACACCGCUGGAGGACCCCUGGGCGGCUCCUGCGGGCGGAGAGGAAGCGUACGGCGUGGAUGCGGACACCUUUGUGGACGAGGGCAACGGCUGGGGCUUGGAGGAGGAGCAGUAUCAACAACAGCAGCAAUUGCAGCAGCAGCGUCAGGGGCAGUCAGGGACGAGGGAUGAGGAGCGCGGACCCGAUCAGCCCUUUGUACGAGCGUUGUUCGGCAAGCAGGGACAGCAGCAGCAGCAGCAACGUGGCGGCGGAGGUGCUCGGGCGGCACCCGGCAAGGCGGCUGGCGGGCCCGCUGGGAAGGGCAAGGCUGCGGAGCCUGCGGGACCCUCCGCAGCAGAGGUUGAACGGCUGCAGGCUCUGGAGGAGCAGGUUGCGAACGUGUCUUCGGAGCGAGCUGCGUUGGUUCGCAUGCGCACGGAGCUCGAGAAGGCUGCCAACCGACUGGAGCAGGAGCGGCAGGCGUGGGAAAAGUCGCGGGCUGAGGAGCAGGCCCGGUGGGAGGCGCAGCGGGAUGCUGAGGAGGCGCGGCUGCGUCGCGAUCGCCGCGUGCUCGAGAAGCAGAGCAAGGCGCUGCUCAAGAUGCCCAACAAGAAGGAGCGGAGCGCAAUGGAGGCUGCCGAGGCGGCACUGGAGGCGGAACGGCGGGAGGGACGAGCGCGGGAGGCCCGCCACAAGCUCACCGUGGAGCGGCUGAGGCGGCAGUUGGUGGAGCUGCAGGAGCGCAACCAUGAAUUGCGAGAGGAGGUGCGGUGGCACGAGGCGCAGCAGCUGGAGCGAGGCAACUGGCCGCCGCAAGGCGGAGGAGCCCGGACCGGCCCCGGGUCUGGGCAACAGCAGCAGCCUCCAGUCAAGGCGCGGCCUCCCAGCCGGUCUACGGCCUGCCAAACGGACGCUCUGCCCUUCCUACCACCGCUGGAAAAUGGGGGCCCUGCGGAGGCACCGGUGGGGCGCUCCUGCACGAUGCGUUCCGGUGAGGCUCCUGCAGGCGCUGGUGCAGCUGGAGCGAGGCCCAAAUCCAGUGGAUCAAAUAUCCCACAAACAGCCGCGAACAAUAUCGCGGGUGGCAGCAGAUUGAGGCCCAUGCAGGCCGGUCGCCCAGCUACCACCCCCCACGCAUCCAAGCCGCAACAGCAGCCGCAAAGCGCGUUCCGAGGGGCGCGGACCACGGGACCGCGUGGUUUCGGAGCCGGGGCAGGGGCAGGAGCAGCCGGGGCGCAAGCGUACGGCGGAGCGCCGUCGCGGUGGCGGGAGGGAGACGACGAGGAGGACUUGCUGGGCGAGGAUGCGGAGGUUGAGGAGGAGGAGGAGGAGGAGGAGACAGCACUGAAUGCCUUUUCUGCACGGCAUCAAACCCGGCGGCCGCCACCGCAGCAGCAGCGGGGGCCGCAAGCAGCAUCUGGCUCCUGGUGGCCAGGCGACGAGCAGGGGGCUGGAUUGGAGGAGUACGGCGAAGCUGCGAAUGAGGGGGAGGCGUUGGAGGAUGAGGAAGACGGGGAUGAAAACAGCGCGUCUGCCGGUCAUCUGCGUGCUGGAGGUGGGAAAGGAGGCGGUGGCGGCAGUGGCCGGGUGGGCUACGGCGGGUUGAGGGGCGGUGUGGGUGUAGAGGGCGUCGGUGCCAUGGACUCGCCGUCGGCGCACAGCUACAUGCAGAAUGACGAUGUGGAGGUGCUCACAGACGAGGGCGGCGGUGACGGCCUGGACUCGGACAGCUUGUCGGCCUUGGCAUGGCAACAACACCAGGAGUUCAUGGCUCGGGUGGGCAUGGCGCAGGGCGGCAGGCCGGCUGCGGUUGGGGCGGCGACUGGUGGGGGCCCGGGACAGCGGCAGAGCCUACAGCAGCGCCAGCAGCAAGGAGAUGCAGGUUGCGAUGCGAGUGGCCGCCCGCAGCAGCAGCAGCCACAUCCACAACAAAACGUGCAGCGGUGGCAGCAGCAGCAGCCGUCUGCUGGCGCCGGCAUGCACCCUGGGCUUCCUGGAAGAGGUGGCAUGGGCCAACAGCAGCCGUCACAACCGCAAGCACAGUCAUCACAGACGCAACAGAGGCAACACCAGCAAUCUGGGUUCUUCGGGACACGAAGCAGCGGCGGUGGGGGCCAAAAUGCCACUCAGAUUGCCUUCUUUGGAGGCAAUGCUUCAUCGACCCAACAACCCCGGUCCGCCAAUGAGGCUCAUCCAAGUUCAUCAGGGCCUCGACCCAAUGCCGCUGCAGCAUCAGGGCAGCGGCACGCGACAGUUGACGCAUCGGUGGAUUUGGACGGCGUCAGUCAAACGCUGGCGGCGCUCCGAAUGGGUCGCCAGGUGGAGGCUGCAGCGGCCGCCGUUGCAGCCAACUCACACGACACUGGGCCCAUGGGAGGCGCCGGCAGCACCGCUAGGAACGGCAUGGCCGGGUACGCCCCGACAUCCAUGCCAGGCGCCCAUGCAGGGCGGCAGCAGGAAGGCCGACCCAUGGGUCACAUGGCAGGGCUGCAAGAUAGUUGGUCCCCUGUUGGCGGCGCCGGCUCAGGAUCUACGCUCUUCCCAUCUGCGAGUGGCCGCGAUCCAUCACAGGCCCCAGGCAUGUGGGGCCCUGUGCCACAUGGCCCGGGCGGUGUUGGGGCUGGUCAAGCCGGUAGUGCAUUCCAACAGCAACAGCCGCUGCUAAACCAGCAGCACGGCCGUCCGCCAAGCGCUGGCCCUCAAAUGCAGCAGCAUUCCGGCAGACUUGGCGCUGCUGCGGGGCAAGGCGGCAGCGGAGGCGUGAUGGCUGGUACGGCUGCAGGUGCGGCGGCGGUGGCCCAGGCCGUGGCGGGACAACAGGUUCGGGGGGCGCCGUCCAUGCCGCAGACGGCAGUUGCCGGCGGUGGCGGUGACGUGUUGGUGCGGGAGGUACGGCAUGCGGACGGCAAGGUGGAGCGGAUGUACACGUCUGGGCGCCGAUUGGUGCUCUUUGCUAACGGGACGCGCAAGGUAGCCCUGCCUGACGGCAGCUCCCGAGUCUACUUCAUCAACGGCGACAUCAAAUGGACCAUCCCAGCUGCCGCAGCAGGCGGCGGCUCCUCGCCAUCCCAGCCGCCGCCCGGAAUCGGCGUGGUGCACUACUACUACGCAGAGGUGUCCACGUGGCACAGCACGUACGGCGGCGAGGGCGGCGUGGAGGUGUUUUACUUCCCCAGCGGGCAGACGGAGGCACACCACCCAGGACACGGCAAGGAGAUUGUGUUCCCAGACGGUGUGCUGCGGGUGGUGACGGCUGAGGGGACGGAGAUGGACGUGUCCUGGGAGCAGCUCUCUUGGGCCGUCCAGCAGCCCCAGCCACAAGUUGAAGGCCUGGGCGAUGACGACAUAUGACACAACUCACAACAAAGCAUGUAUACGUAGAGCUUAACAACACAGCCGCGGAGGGACGGCGGCUCAGCGUAACGACGUGGUCCGUGCGAGUUACGGUGGAUGAGGUUAGCGGAGUGCGGCCACCUUUGCCGUAGACGCCAGGCGUCAGCAGCGACCUGUUUUCUGCUAGCAUUGAUCCGGCUUGUGGCAGCAUGCUUGCUAACCGGUGCAAACAGCUACCCUGUCGCAUCAUUGUAAAUCGCUUUCGGUGUGCUCCUGUGUGAGGAUUGUCGGUAGAACGCAUGCAUUUGGUUUGUUAGAAGCGGACAGAGGUUUGGCUUGCAGCCUGAUACGGCUGCCCUAAGUUUCAAGGGUUGUAAGGUGUCUCGUUUCCGGACGCCUAUGCUGGACGUAAUGGGCAAGAACAAAUGCAUGCAUAGCAGUGCUCAGAAUGUAGGGUAACAGCGACCCUGGCAACCACCUUCGAACGGGGUUUGCUGGGACGCUCCUCCUUGUAAACACCAUGCAUGUGGC